AUGCCUCCUUGGGAAGGGCCUGAAGCCGGCGUGAAUGAUGAAUUUGUGUAUGCUAUCCAGCUGCAGGAUGUGUGGGGGUUUGUUCACCAGCUGCUAGGGUUCGAUGAGCAGGCCGUCCUUGUGCAAGUCGGCAUGUUUGUGCAGCCUGGCCAUAUCCUGGGAUACGCGCCCGUUGAGCCUGUGAGGAGCCUGCCUCCCAGCACGCAGCCUCCCGCGGACCCGCCUCAGCGAUACAAGGAAGAGGGCUUUGAGCCGUUCCCAUUUCGAUUCCGCAAGCUUGAAAUUCGCGUGGCACGCCCACCCUUUGCCUGGCGUGGCACCCUGCAUGGUCCGAAUGCAGACGGAUGGAUGUACUUGCACCCACAGCUCGUAUACCAUCCGGGACGAGGACGCCCCUCGCAGAUGGCUCCGCUGUAUCAACCGAAUCCGAUGAAAUACGCCCAUGUGGACAAGAUCAAGCCAACCUCCCUUGUUAUGUAUCCGAUGACAUUGGCGCCACCGCUGCCCACAGAUGUUGAGCUGUUUGUUAGCUUCUCUACAUUUAUGGAGUCGCCAGGAGAUUUGGACGAUGCUAUGGACCCUAUCACGCUAUAUUCACUAGAGUGGGCCAUCGUACCGGAUGAAAAUGCGACUCAAUCUCUUUGUACAGACUCGCGUGUGUACUGGCGCCGCUCCUUUGAACACAGCAAACUCGAGCGCCGCGCUGGACGCCUGGACGACCCUGACUUUUUUUUGACGAGAAGGUGCGAAGCAUUGUUUAUGCUGUAA